UAGUACACUGGGAAAAGAGUGAGAAAGAGAAAAGAAGCAGCGAGGAGUUGGCGCGUGUGUGAGAAGUUACUUACGAAUCUCCGCCAGGGGGUAAAUGCGUAUUUGUCGUACUUUCAUCGUGGAAAACAGAUAACGUGUUACGUGGGUGAGACUAGCGAAGAAAUUUUUUUUUAAAUCAUGAAGAAUACGUAUUCGGGCGGCAAAAUUGAAUUUGUCUUAUUUUGAUUGUUCGGUUUCUCCUAAGAAAUAUAUUGGACAUCAUCGUAUACGAUUCAACAAAUAAACAGCGAGUACGGAUUAGUAUAAAAUAGAAUAAUCGAGAAAUAAUCACAGAAAUAAAAGAAAAACAACCACAUCGCUACGAGUUUAGUGACUAUAAUAAAUAAACAGGAGUGUGAUUUGGUUGCGCAUGCGCGUGUCCUUAGAACGAGAAGUGGGAGAAUAAGAGAGCGCUGCGGCGGAGGCUGGAACGCUGCUGCGGCGUGUCGCCUUCCCCUCAUUUCCUUUUCCGUGCCCCUCGGUUCCUCGUGUGUUGUUUUCUUUACCGUCUUUACUUUCACCCUGCCUCGCCACCCUUCUCAAUCCGCCUUUACCCCCCUUUCAUCUUUUUUUUAACCAAACUUCUCUCUCUCUCUCUCACUCCCUCCUCCUGUCGUACUUUUCUUCGGAUGUACAAUUAUUAUUUAGUCGCGUAUCCUCUUUUCCUUUACGCUGCGUAUGAGCUAUCAGAUACGCACGAGGGAAACGAGUGAGGGGGAGAGAGAGAGAGAGAGAGAGCGAACAAGAAGAUAGAAGAGAAAAUAAAAAAGGACACGUUGAUUUUUUUUUCGUAGUGCGCGUUUAUCGUUUUGUCCGCAUGAUACUGGCAACUACGUGCGACGUUAAACAUUUUUGAGAGAGAGAGAGAAAGCGUUAAAGUUUACGUGUGCCUAAAAAGAAUACAAAGAAUAAAUAUAAGAGAAAAGAAAGAGGAGAAAUAAAAUUUAAAAAAACAAGAGAGAAAAUCGACACCAAGGUGUCACUCUGACCAAUCGGCCAUCGACCCUGAGACGCUCCCCUCCAGCCCUCCCCGAGCUCCACUGUGCGCCGCACACACCAACUAUCGAAGAAAUUCCACGCGAGUUUGUUUUCUUGUUACGUUUUUUUCCCUCUACUUCCCUCGUUCCAUCUAUUUCUCUCUCUCUCUCCCCCCCCCCCCCCUUCCUCUCUUUCUCGCGCGCGCGUUGUCGUUACGUCUACGACCGAGAGAGUACAGUUCCUCUCGUGGUCUUAAUAACUCCACGAGGAUAAAAACAGAACAAUUGUAACUAACAAGGAAAAACUUUCGCGGCUCGAGUACGAGGAAAAUUCAUAUAAGCGGGAAAUCGAAGAGCUAAAUAUAAAAACACGCCCACCUGUGAGCAAAAAGCCAAAAAAAUCUUCGGUGCUAAAAUAUAUAUUUGUGAUACGUACACGCCCGCCUGUGCGUGUAUAACGUUUGCGUGUGUUUUUCGUCGCAUGAGAACGUUGUAAAGUCGAACGUGCCGUAAUAUAUACACAGGUGUAUAAAAGAAGAAAAAGUGUAUGCGUGAGCGAGCGAGCGAGAGAGAACGACGAAACACAAACGCAUGUUUACGCCCCCUAGUGCGUAUUACGGUGUGUACCGUGCAUGUGAAGGUUCUCGAGAUGAUGCGUGUCCUGUGAGUUUAACGCGAUACGAGGCUACGGAAAAACAUAAUAAAUAAAAGGGAAAGAAAACCAAUAUAAACAACAUCGACGCAACACUGUGACUUCGCGGUACGAAAAUAUAUAAAUAAACACGCGGAUACCCUAUAUUUGUGGACGUGAAUCUUUCGUAAAAACAGAAGACAAUAAUUAAUACAAGUUUUCAGCGGCGUACCGAAAUAAAAAUCGAGAGAAGAAAAAAAAACGACAAAACGAGUAUUCGACAAUUCGAAAUGAGGACAAUGACAAACUCGUGCAAACGAUCGGGAGAACUACGCAGAUAAAUACACGAAGCCGAAACGAAUUUAUAUACGAGGAAUCGAGACGAAAAAAAAACGUCGGGGCACAUAUAUAUUUAUAACACAUAUAAAUAUAUAUUUUUUGACCUGGAAGAGUGUCAAGGGUGGGAGGGGAACAGAGCUGAACACCCUUAGUGCAUUCCUAGUACAAACGCACUCGUGCUACGGCGCAUCGCGCGCGUUUCUCCCCAAAGUACCGUUGAACGGAGCAACAAGGACGAAUAUAUAAACAGUGCGAUGCGAAUGAGACUCGUCGAGGGCAGUGAAAGCUGAGAACGAGAGAACGCAAAAGAACUAAAAAGAGGGUGGGGAGCGGCGAAAUACUCGCCCUCAAAGUCUCGUUUUUCUGAUAUCACCAAAUUUCAUGACAACACGAAAAAAUAUAAUUGAUAUAUUUUCGUGUUCGAUAAAACGAUCAAUCACGAGGAUUAUAAAUAAGCAAGUGCGCAUUAUUAUUUUCCAAGGAUAACGUAUAAUUUUUUGACAAAAAAAAAAAAAAUACGUAGCGUCGUUUCAUAGGAAAUUUUCGAUAUCGAAAAAGUGUUCGUCUCCUUAGUUUUUUCUGUGGUAUUAUUCAUCGAAUUCGUGGAUUUUCUUAGUCGACCUUGCGCGCACGACGUACACGCGACGAAUGAACCACCGAGGACCGAAGCCGCCAUUGACGGGCUAUACGGGAGUGAACAUCCACGAGAAAGAGAGACGGCGAGUGCUUGGCUCGUGCAAGUCCGAGCGGACAAAAACAAUAACACACCGUUGCGCGUGAGCAUAAAAAGUAAUAAUAACAAUAGUAAUAAUAAUAAUAAAAAAAAGUCGAAGAAAAGACGCAAAUAGUGGGAAAAACAACUCUAGAGAUCCAUCGGAUUCGAGUGAGAAAGAAUCAUUCGUUGGAAAUAUAUACCGCGCACAAGUUUCGAAUUUCCGAGAAAGAGAAAGAGAAUAAAUAUUUUGGGAAUCAUUGAAUCGACGUAAUUAUUAAUAUUUAUCGAGGAGAGAAUCGUUGCUCGUUGAAACUUUUGGUUCGAUUUACCUCGGAAACGCACACCCGUCCGUGACAUUCUCAAGGUUGUUCGAUUUAAAAUAUUUAAAUGCGUUAUCGGUUGUUUUCCUCGAUUUUUUAAUCUCCCGUCGGAUUUAUGCCUCGUUACGAUUGACCGUCAAGGCUGGCUACUUCCGGCGAUUCGGCGGUGCCGCUGCCAUGUGAACAGCCACUGCGCGGCUUUCUCGUGAGCGUAGGCGACAAAUUUGCAACCACGUGUUUCCUAACGUCGGUUGUAAUGUCGUCGAGCAGCCGCGGACAGGUCUCAUUUUCGGGUGGACCCGUCGUACGCUGCGGACACCUUCGGAAAUUCAAGACCUUGAAGAAAAAGUAUUUUGUACUGAGAGCCGAUGCACCCGGACAACCGGCCUGUCUCGAAUACUACGAUAGCAAAAAGAAGUUCGACAACCGACAACCUCCCAAGAGAUCCAUUUCUAUGCGGAGCUGCUUCAAUAUCAAUCGUCGACUCGAUACCAAACACUCUCAUGUUAUUGCCCUUUACACCAAGGACGAAUGCUUCUCUCUCAUACUGGACAACGAACGCGAGCUCGAACAAUGGCUCAAUGCCAUGUUGCUACUCUCCGGCGAUGUACCGGAUGGCGAACAACCCAGACCGACUUUCGAGCACGUGUGGCAAGUGACGAUGCAAAAGAAGGGCCUCGGCGAGCGAAAGAACAUUCACGGUCUUUACAGACUUUGCUUGACCGAUCGCACACUCAGUCUCGUUAAGGUCGGCGAUCAUUCGGAUUCCAUCGAGUUUUCGUUGGUCUCCAUACGUCGAUGCGGUUACAUGGAUCGAAUAUUUUACAUGGAAGUGGGUAGAUCAGCGGUAACGGGAGGCGGUGAUUUGUGGAUGGAGGCGGAAGACAACAACAUAGCGUACAACAUGCACUCGGCGAUAUUGAGUGCGAUGAGUAGCAGCAGCAGCAGUGGUAAUAACACGACGAGCGUGACCGGAAACAAUUCGAGCAAGGAUGACGUUGGUCCACGUCAGAGAGGUCGAAGUUCUUCGGCGAACGAGGCGAGCAAACCAAUAUCGGUUUUGCAGCGAAGACACACGGGCGCCAAGCUUCACGGUUUUUCACCGCUGGAGGAACAGAGCAACACCGAGGAACAAAUGGAUUCAUUGCGGGAGCAAAACAUCACUGCAUCCGCCCCCUCACAGUGUAGCCAAUCACAGAGUAUCUCCUCCUCAAAUACACUUACGGCUGUUCGAGGUACUGGAAAAUUGGGGACUAAUGCAGUUUGCAGCGACAGCGUGAUCGUCGUCAUCGGCGGUAAAGAGAACAGCAGCAACGGCGACAGCAGCAGCGCUGCUGCCACUGCAAAAAGGCGUCGUCAUUCGGUAGCGAGUCAUCCCCAUAUCACAAAUAAUCCCCAAUCCGUAAAUCCAAUCACAAUGACAACAACAACAACAACAACACCAACAACAAGUACUACCACAACAGCAUCAACAACAACGCCAAAAGCGGCAACAACAGCGACAAAAUCGCAUCAGAGAACCUUGUCGCUGCCGUUGGCUGAAGUUGUAGUCAAUCAAACGCAAUCAUCCAAAAGAUCCGUUUUACGCUGUGCUACAGGACGCGACAGGUGCGAUAGUUUGCCUUCAAGGGCUCGAACGACGAGCGAAGGACAUCCGACACCGCUCGUUCUAGGGCAUCCUCGAAACGGUCAUUUGGCGCCACAUGUUCCCCGACCGCACUCAAUGUACGGCCGAGGAUUGUCUUAUUCACCGCCGGUAUCGUCGAUGCCCAUUAGUCCUGCUUCCGGCGCGUGCUCCACUGAUUCAGCAGGCUCGUCGCUCUCGAUGGAUGACGGUACUGAAAAUAUCCUCGAGGAGGGAACUGCCUCAUCAAGAUACGGUCACUCUUUGACCCCCGACGAGCCUGUCAUCCUCGAGGAAAAUCCUGAUGACUAUGCGCCGUGGUCGGGAUCUCACCCGCAUCACAAAUACUCCCCGAAUUUCAAAUCGCACUCUCCUUCCCAGCAGAGUUGCUACGUCGACAUGUACAGUCCUUGCGGUUCGAGCCCGGGUCGCGGUGGCAUCUCGGCUUACAUGCCAAUGAGUCCAGCGACAGGUGCAGUGCAGCAGCAGCAGCAGCCGCAGCUGCAGCUGCAGCCGCAGCACAGUCACUCGCGUGCAUCAUCCUUGGUCGAGGAAGCAACAUUGCCGGAUGGUUAUGUGCCGAUGGCGCCCAUGGGUGACGAUGGUUACGUAGACAUGGAUCCGUCGAACAGUUCUUCGCACCACAAUCACAAUGGUCACUUUCCGGACGACAUGUCGCAGCACGGUGGUAGUUCAUGUUCCGUGACGUCGGGUACGCCAAGUACGGAUCUACGUUUUUCGGAGUAUCAUUUGGACAAGGUGACGAGUUAUUUAGCCCCGGGCGAGGAGAAUUCGGCGCGACCAACGCGAGCGUAUUCGGUUGGUUCGAGGCCGGAGCCAGCGAGUAGACAGCGAAAAAAUCGUUUCGACAUAGCGCAACAAGAGUCCAGUAGAGUGCGAGCAUUCUCAGUUGGUAGUCGUUCAAAAAGGCCGGAAAUCAUAGGUCGACUCGCAAGUGUAAUUGCGUCGAGAUUACCAUCCGGUAUAAUCGACGGUUCCAAUUCUAACAAAUCGAAUUCGGCACCUCUGUUGUCGAGCUCUUGGGGUCACAAUUCUGGAUGCUCCGUAACAUCGGAGCGAAUGGAAGAUCUCAUGGAGCUUGAUUUCACGAGACCGAAUCCGACUCCGGAAACAGUUAAUUCACCACCUUCUUCCUCGUGCUCGCACUCACAAUCUUACUCCACUGCCACGGAUACGAGUUCCUACGUCGACAUGUUACCUGGACAGCCGCACUCUUCCACUUCGACUAUACCUACGGCUACCACUGUUACUGCCCCUUACGUGGAUAUGAGUGGCAUCAAUAAGAUUAAUCGUAACAAUAAUAACUAUAACAACAACACCAUCAACAACAACAACCACAACCACAACAACAACAACAACAACAACAACGCCAACAAUAAUAAUAACAACAACAAUCCGACCACUGCCAAUCACAAUCAUAAUCAAGCGACGACAUCUGUAUCGUUGAUCGUUCAUAAACCGGUUAUCAAAACGCUCAAACCGGUCGAGGAAACAGAGGGUGCCUAUAUGAGAAUGGAAAGGUCCAUUGAGGACUGGUCCAGAGCUGGCACUAGUCCCAAACAAGCACCCUCGCCCAUGCAGGAUGAUUAUAUGCAGAUGAAUGGACCCCCAGGUGGAACGCGAACCGCACCAGUCGAUUUGCCUCAACCGCGACGUCCCCCAGAAGGCUACGUCGAGAUGUCCUUCAAAUCUCGUCCCAGUCUCGAGCAAGAAUACAUAAAUAUGAGUAUGGGAAGUGGUAGCUCGACAGGUUCAGGGUCAACGGGUUCGACUCGCACGAGGACACGGAGACAACGUCCAGGAAGUCGUACAGAAAUGUCACAACGAUCUAAGCCAAUAGCUAUACAAACGUCGAGCAAAACGACGGAAAUACCGAGUUUCUUACCGUUGAACGGUAGUCCAACAUCGGAGAGUUUGGCGAGUACUCCGGUAUCGCCCCCGCGUGCUACACCAACCGGUUCCAACGCGACGAUAUUUCCCUUUUCGUUGAACAGUCCUCAAUCCCCCAUAAAGCCUUUCAAAAGCGCUGUCCCGAUGGCGGUGAUGAGUCAAGAGGACUGCGGGCCGAUUAUUGGCUCAACGACAACUCUGACAACGUCCGCAUCAGGAACGAUUCCCGCUGAUUACGCGAUGAUGACGCCAGCAAUUCCAUCGGGUUCUGGCACAAGCGACACAACUUCCCUUCAAAUGCCAAUCCCGCAGACGCCCAAUCACGACGAAGUAACGCAAUUGUCCUCCAGCUCGGUUAAUACUUUGCACGACCACCAAGUACCGCAAAGCCCGUUGACAAAGAGGCUCGCCGAGCUGACUCUUUCGCGCACGAAUAUCAGUCGGAAUCCCUGCAAUCUCACUGCGAGUGUUCCCCCAAAGGAAGGAGGGGAAAUUAAUCCUGUUGAGAAAACUCCUAUAAAUUUGGUCGAGAAUAUGACUUCGGGUUUUCGAUUGCCCAGUCCAUCGAGUGAUCUCUCCCAGAGCCCUGUCACCAAGAGACGCGGUGGCGAAAUAACCUUUUCCAAAAUUAAAACUUGCCGUGCGAGCUAUCCCAAGGACGAGACGAAUCUUCCGUCCACUUCCUCGUCGCACACGGGCAAAACGAUUCUUGUUAAUAAUUGCGAUACCAACAACGAUCUUCACGGAACUGCUGCAACCGCAACAACGACGACAAGUACGACGUGUCUCGGACAAAAUUCACAGUCGGAAUUGCCUACCAGUCCACCACUUACUAAAAGACUGUGCGAUCUCAGCGUCGCCAAAACUAAAUUUGUUCAGCCCUCUCCAAAUACGAGUCCUACCCUUUCGGCUGGAUUCAAAAUCAUUCAGGUCACACCGAAAAGCCUAAAUAGCGGUACUAGCGUCACCGACGAGGAUCGGAGCGGCGGUACAACGCCCACGACAACGCCAACGCCAACCCCGACUCCAACCCCAACCCCAACCCCAACCCCAACCCCGACCCCGACCCCGAGUCCUCUCGACUCGGAGGGUUACGAAAAACUUCAGCCCGGUGCAACGAUACUCCACUACGCGAGUCUCGACCUCCCGGAAGUCGUUGGUCCACCACCUCCAGUUUCGCCGACCCCGGUUAUCGAAGCGUUCAGUUAUGCGGAAAUCGAUUUUGCUAAACUCAAGCAAAAUUAAUGAUUCUCUCGAUAAUCUUGGGCAAAAUAAAAGAGAUAAUUGAACGAACGAAUGAAAAAAUAGGACGAAGCAGAAAGACCAUAGCGAAACAACGAUCUUGAGAAAAUUCUCGCGUUCGUGUAAAUAGAAACGGUUUUGUUCCGAAAAUAAUAGAUAAAUAAAGAGGCAAGAAAAACAAACUCCUUAACUUUUUCAAGAGCUCCGAAGAGCUGCUAUGAGGAAAGAAGAAGACUUUAGCGGCGAUCGGUAAUGGCGAAGAAAAAAAAUCCGAUCGUACGAAUCUCCUCUGCUCCGCCUGCCCGCACUGUAAAUAGUAGAUUGAACAGAAAAAUUCAAAAUUAGAACGGCCAAAUCCCCUUGUUACUUUCAUUUUCGUCGCGCAUUUUUCAAGUUUUUCUUUUUCCUUUCCGUCUUCAAUGGUUCUCGACUGCGAAAAGUAGCCGAGAGAACUUUUCCAUUUUGCCGCUAGAAAGCGUUACCAUUCGCGGUUGACGGAUCCCCAACGUCGCAACGAGAAAACUACGAAUAGUUCCUGCCUCCUGUAUUGCAAUUGGAAUUGCAUCGCUUUUUCGUUUCCUAUUAUUCGUAAAUGCAUGAAGAAAAAAAAAAAAGACAAACGAUGAAAAAUUUGAAAAUUGUACCGUUGAACGAAUGAAAUUUAACGAAGGAUUCGGAGAGAGAAGUCUAGAUCACUUGACAGUGAAAAUCACUAUACAUACUAUACAUACGAUGCAUAUAGCUCUAAGUUAUUAUAGCUUCGAAUUUACGAGUAAAACUAUAUAUAUGUGUAUAUGCGUAUAUAUAUUAAUAUAAAUAUAUAAAUAUACAUGAUGAACAUAACAAUAUUAACAGUAAAUAAACACAUAGUUCAAUGAC